UUGCUUAGAAUUCCUUUCCACCUUCGUUCUCAGCUUUCUUAAAUUUCUCUGGCCAGCUGCUUAUUAGUGACCAGCAAAUCCUCUUUUUUUCUUUCAACCAACAUUCCGAAACAAUGGCAGUCCUGUCGGUUGCUGACCUCCCCCCGGUCUCUGCGAUCGGGUUCGAGGGGUAUGAGAAGCGCCUGGAGAUUACUUUCUCUGAGGCGCCAGUCUUUGCUGACCCCAAGGGCAGGGGACUGCGUGCUCUCUCGCGUGCCCAGAUCGACUCUGUUCUCGAUCUUGCCAAGUGCACCAUUGUCUCCGAGCUCUCCAAUGAGACUUUCGACUCCUAUGUCCUCUCUGAGUCAAGCCUCUUUGUGUACCCGUACAAGGCGGUGAUCAAGACCUGCGGCACUACCAAGCUCCUGCUGGCCAUUCCAAGAAUCCUUGAGCUUGCUGAGGAGUUAUCCCUGCCACUCGCUGCUGUGAAGUACUCCCGUGGGACCUUCAUAUUCCCUGAAGCACAGCCCUCUCCACACAAGAACUUCUCUGACGAGGUUGCCUUCCUCAACGGCUACUUUGGUGGCCUCGAAUCUGGUGGCAAUGCCUAUGUGAUUGGUGAUCCUGCGAAGCCAGGCCAGAAGUGGCACGUCUACUAUGCCACCCAGCAGCCUGAGCAGCCUGUGGUUAACCUUGAGAUGUGCAUGACUGGUCUGGACAAGAAGAAAGCUUCCGUCUUCUUCAAGACCUCUGCUGAAGGCCACACAUCUUGUGCUAAGGAGAUGACCAAGCUCUCUGGUAUCUCUGACAUAGUCCCGGAGAUGGAGAUCUGCGACUUUGAUUUUGAGCCAUGUGGCUACUCCAUGAAUGCCAUCCAUGGCUCUGCUUUCUCCACCAUUCAUGUGACCCCUGAGGAUGGCUUCAGCUAUGCGAGCUAUGAGGUCAUGGGCUUGGACCCUGCCUCCAUGUCUUAUGGUGAGCUGGUCAAGAGGGUGCUGAGAUCCUUUGGCCCGUCAGAAUUCUCUGUUGCUGUGACUAUCUUCGGUGGUCGCAGCCAUGCUGGAACCUGGGGUGAGAAGCUGGCUGUUGGGGCCUAUGAUAGCACCAACAUGGUCGAGCAAGAGCUGCCGUCAGGAGGCCUGCUGAUCUACCAGAGCUUCACUGCCAUGGGCGAAAUCUCCACCGGGUCUCCAAGAUCUGUCCUGAACUGUUUUGUUGAUGACAGUUUGGAGAAUGGCCCCAAGGACACCAAGAUGAAUGCUUUCCUCUGCUGGGAAGAGGAUGCUGCGCAGGAGAUAGACGAGAGGGACGGGAAGAAGAUGAGGAGCGCCUGAUGGUGAUAUGCUUGCCAAAUGAGCAUACGUCAUGUUCAUUUGUUAUUAGAAACCUCUUUUCCUGUUUGGAUGCUGUUAUAGUUUAUGGGUACUGUGAAAUAUGAAGCCUCUCGGUGGUCUGC